AUGGCGCAGAGUAAUUGGGAAGCAGAUAAGAUGCUUGAUGUCUACAUUCAUGACUAUUUGUUGAAAAGAAAAUUGCAUAAUUCUGCAAAGGCCUUUAUGACAGAGGGAAAAGUUGCUAGUGAUCCUGUGGCUAUUGAUGCACCUGGAGGAUUUCUGUUUGAAUGGUGGUCAGUCUUCUGGGACAUUUUCAUUGCAAGGACGAAUGAGAAGCAUUCUGAGGCAGCUGCAGCUUACAUAGAGACGCAACAAAUCAAAGCAAGGGAGCAGCAGCAGAUGCAAUUACAGCAGUUGCAACUCAUGCAGCAGCGCAAUGCCCAGUUACAGCGGAGGGAUCCGAACCAUCCUCCGUUGGGUCCCAUGAGCUCGAUGAACUCUGAAGGAAUGGGUGGGCAGCCAUCUGCAAGUUUUUUAGCAAUGAAAAUGUAUGAAGGACACAUGAAGCAUCCGAAUGCCAUGGACUCCGAAACAUCUACAGGUCUGGUAGAUGCUAAUAGAAUGGCACUUCUCAAGUCGGCGUCCAAUCAACAAGGACAAAUGAUGCAAGGAAAUUCUGGGGGAAUGUCUGCAGCCUUGCAGCAAAUGCAAGGGCGGCCUCAGCUAGCAACUGAAAUCAAACAAGAAAUAAACAUGGGUGGACCUCAGAAGUCUUUGCCAAUGGACCCAUCAUCUAUCUAUGGGCAGGCAAUUCUUCAGUCAAAAUCUGGCCUUGGGGGUGCAGGGUUAAGUCCAGGAGUAACUGGUCUACCGUUGAAAGGUUGGCCGCUAACAGGAAUCGAUAAUUUACGGCCAAGUUUGGGUUUACAAGCACAGAAGCCUAAUCUGCAGAACCCAAACCAGUUCCUAUUGGCAUCACAGCAGCAGCAGGUUCUAGCACAAGCUCAAGCACCAGGAAACCUUGGAAAUUCAGCUAAUUAUGGAUUCGGAGGAUUACCAAGGGGUAAUUUUAAUGCUAAAGAUGGUCAGCCACCUAGAAACGAUGGAUCCAUUUGCUCUCCUUCUCAAUCAAACUCACCAAAGAUGAAAAUGGCCCAAAUCCAGCAGGCUCCCUCUCAACAACAGGAUCAGUUGCAGCAGCAACAGCAGCAGCAGCCGCAACAACAUUUGCAGCAGAACAACAGGAAAAGAAAACAACACUCUUCAUCAGGUCCUGCUAACAGCACAGGUACAGGAAAUACUGUAGGACCUUCCCCUGGCUCGCCACAAUCAGCACAUACACCUGGUGAUGGGAUGGCCACUGCUAGCAGUAUGCAGCAUGUUAAUAAUGUGUCCAAGAGUAUGAUGAUGUAUGGUGCAGAAGGACCUGGUGGAAUUACAUCAUCUACAAAUCAGCUUGAUGACUUGGAGACUUUUGGAGAUGUCGGUUCUCUCGACGACAAUGUUGAUUCUUUUUUGUCUCAUGAUGGGGGUGAUGGAAAUCUAUAUGGCUCGUUGAAACAAACUCUUACUGAACAUAAACCAGAGACUUCUAAAGGUUUCUCAUUCGGAGAAGUUGGUUGUAUACGGACAAGAAAUAAGGUGACUUGUUGCCAUUUCUCUUCCGACGGGAAGCUGUUAGCUAGUGCUGGGCAUGAUAAAAAGGCUGUUUUGUGGAACAUGAACACUCUGCAAACAGAGACCACCCCUGAAGAACAUCAGUUCCUAAUUACUGACGUGCGCUUCCGGCCAGGCUCGACUCAACUUGCGACGGCCUCAUUUGACAAAUCUGUCAGAUUAUGGGAUGCAGCCAAUCCAAGCUAUUGUCUGCAUGCUUACAAAGGGCAUACUUCCCACGUGAUGUCCCUCGAUUUCCAUCCUAAGAAGAAUGAUGUCUUCUGUUUCUGUGAUAGUAACAAUGAAAUUCAUUAUUGGAGCAUUAGCACAUUUUCGUGCACUCGGGUGUCCAAGCAAGGAGGAAGUGCACAAGUGAGAUUUCAACCCAUAAAUGGACAUCUACUGGCAGCAGCGUCUGACAAGGUGGUCUCUAUAUUUGAUGUUGAGAACGAUCGACAAACACAUUCCUUCCAGGGACACUCUGGUGUUGUGAACUACCUGUGCUGGGAUCUUAGUGGCGAACUUUUGGCCUCUGUGAGUGAGGACAGUAUUAAAGUUUGGUCGUUGGCCUCGGGAGAGUGCAUCCAUGAGCUUAAUGCCAGCGGCAACCAAUUCCAUUCCUGUGUUUUUCAUCCGAGUUAUUCUUCUCUUUUGGUGAUUGGAGGCUUGCAGUCACCUGUGACUGGGAUGGUCGCUUCAGCCAGCCAUGAUAGCUCGGUCAAGCUGUGGAAAUAA